UGGCCUGUGGACCUCGUUCUACUUGCGUUCGACCUCGCCUCCAUGGAGGGAUCUCAGGAACCUCUGAAUGGGAAACUUCGGCUUUGCUUCUCUCCUGCUGCCCGGACCACCCUCUUACUGCUCAGGCUCAACAAUGCUGCGCUGCGGGCACUGCAAGAUUGUCAGCGGCAACAGGUACGGCCAGUGAUUGCUUUCCAAGGCCAGCGAGGGUAUCUGAGGCUCCCAGGCCCUGGUUGGUCCUGCGUCUUCUCUUUCAUAGUGUCCCAGUGUGGCCAGGAGGGCGCAGGCGGUGGCUUGGACCUCGUGUGCCAACGCUUAGGCAGAUCUGGGCCUAACUGCCUCCAUUGCCUGGGCCCGCUCAGGGAGCGCCUCACUAUUUGGGCAGCUAUGGAUUCUAUCCCAGCCCCAUCAACGGUUCAGGAACACAACCUAACUGAAGAUGCCAGAGAUCCUGAGAAUUGGCAGACCACAAGAGACUAUUUUGAAGUAGAUGUAGUGUCACAGCCACAGGUGGUGCUAGAAGAGGUGUCAGAUCCACUGGCAAGCAACCAAGGACAGUCACUGCCAGGAUCCUCAAGGGAGCACAUAGCACAGUGGGAAGUGAGGAAGCAGACCCAUCUUCCAAACAGAGAGUUGUUGGAUCAGGCGUUGCCUUCCUCUAUUAGUCAGAAACGUCUGGACAAGAAACGUCCAGCAUCAGAAGCUACUGAAGAGUUAGAAGAAAAGAGGCUCAGAGCUCUGCCUCUAGCUCCAAGUCCCCUCCAAGAGCUGUCCAGUCAGGAUUUACAAGAGGAAGAAGACUGGGAGCAAGAUAAAGAUGAGGACACAGAGCCUAGGUUGGAGCACAGUCCCUUAGUUCAAGCAGACUCUGAAUCCCUAAGCCUUGAAGAGGUGCCAGAUUACCUCCUGCAAUACAGGGUCAUCCACAGUGCAGAGCAGCAACAGGCCUAUGAGCAGGACUUUGAGACAGAUUAUGCUGAAUACCGUAUCCUCCAUGCCCGUGUUGGGGCUGCAAGCCAAAGGUUCAUAGAGCUGGGAGCAGAGAUCAAGAGAGUUCAGCAAGGAACUCCAGAACACAGGGUGCUGGAAGAUAAGAUAGUCCAGGAGUAUAAAAAGUUCAGAAAGCGGUACCCAAGUUACAGAGAAGAGAAGCGUCGUUGUGAGUACCUGCAUCAGAAAUUGUCCCACAUUAAAGGUCUCAUCCUGGAGUUUGAGGAAAAGAACAGGGGCAGCUGAACCUGUCAAAGUGGGUUCCUGACCCUCUGCCCAGUGAUACGAACAAAGUAGCAUAUUAACUAGAGUGCACCUUCUGCUUUUCUUAUGCUGACCAGUUGAGGUCAUGGUGGCAAGUAGAGAAUUGCUAUUCUAGGUUCUUGAGGGUUUUUAUUGUUGUCAUAUGAAGGUUUUUAGGUUGUGGGCAUAUUGCCAAGACCCCUCAACUGUGCCCAGGAGACUAGAAAAGUAGCAGAGGCCCUGGCUUUAGUUCAGUCAAGACAUUUUCAAAUUCUGAGAAAUAACAUCAUUUCUAUGAUAAGAAACUUUGAAGAUAUUAGACAAAUUUAAUAAGUAAAUCUAGCAUCAUAGCUUCCCAAAGGAAAAAACAAGAACUUUUGGUAACUGCUAAGGAAACUUGUAGCACACCUGUAUAUAAAGGGAAAGGGCUUGGGUGUUACCCAUGUACUAAAAGUAAAUUCUUUUAUAAACACAGUUAAAAUCCUA